CCAGGCUCGCUCGGGUACAUUGAAUUCAAGAGCCCCCAGAGGCCGAUUUCACUUUCACAGCUGCCAGUCCCAGUCCCAGCCCCAGCCCCAGCUCCCCGCCCGCCCGGGACGCCCUCCAGCCUGCCGCAGCAUCUAUCUCUCUCCCCCCCGCGCUCUCAUCCCUCUCAACAUCAUCACCCCCUCGCCCAUCGCCCAUCGCAUCGCAGCUCAGCUCAGCGCAGCGCAGCCCCCAGAGCUCGAGAGAGCAAGUGAGCCAUUGCAGAGUUGAGAGCGACGUAGAUGAGAGAGAGAGUCUAGAGAGUGCGCGAGAGUGAAAGAGAGAGAGAGAGAGAGAGAGAGAGAGAGCACGUUUCCUCGCUUCUUGCGCUGGGCUUUGCUUCGCUUUGCUGCCGCUGGUGGCUGCACCGAUUGUCAGCCGUGCAUCGGAAGGCAGGCAGGCAGGCAAGGGACCUACAAAGGCUUCGGUCGUGGGCUGAGGAGCUUCAUUUUAGUCUACUUCAUUGCACUUUCGGCGGCGCGCGCGCGAGAGAGAGAGUGAGUGAGAGAGCCGAGGGAGCGACGAGCAAGACGGAGGUGGUCGAACGAGCGAGGGAAGGAGACGAACGAGGGAGAUCUGGACCGGAGGAUACGAGAGGAGGUGUGCGAGAGGAGGAGGGCGAGCGGCAUUUGCGAUCGAGGUUCUACAUUGUGAGACAUUGUGGGAGUAGGCAUUGAUCGAGGUAGUGGGAGAGGUUACGGUAGCCGGAGGAGGCGGGAGGAGUGAGUCGGUUGUGCUUGCGGAGAAGAGGUCGUCGCGCGACGACGAUUGCUUCUCAUUCGUGUCCCGUAGAGUGUUGAGUUCAGCAGCAGCAGCAGGAGGAAGACAGCCAGGGAGCUCGACAGAGGCCGGCAGGCGAAGGGCAUUGUGGUGUAGGACAGUAUUGCAGAGAUUGAAAACAUGUGCAGAGAGCGUGACGUCGAGAGGCAGCUCGGAGAUGCGGACCUCUUGACAUCGGUGCAGCCUCCCACGGAGAAGGACGGGGGAGGCACGAAACCUCCCAAAGGUUUGUCUGUGAAACUCGGGGGAACAAAUCCGGAUAAAGAACAAGAAAGAGUAAAGGAAUUAGAGAAAAUGGACGAUUUCGUCCGUCCGGUUCUUGGUCCGCGCAAGACCUCCGCCCAAUCGCCCAGAUUACUUCCCUACUUCCCCAAAUCUGCAAUCACCGCCCCGCCGCAGCCCAAAUCUCUUGCUCGCAACCCCUCGCCCAUCUCCAGAGCCACUGCUCGCAACCCUUCCCCCGGCCCCGCCGUCAGAGCCUCUCCCACCCCCACUCCCAAUCCCAUGCCUCGCAACCCCUCUCCUGCUCCCGCCUCCCGUGCCACCGCCCGCAACCCCUCCCCCGUCCCCGCCUCUAGAGCCACUGCGCGUAACCCCUCCCCCACCCCCACCCCCGCCUCCCGAGCCACUGCUCGCAACCCCAGCCCCGUCCCCGCCUCCAGAGCCACUGCGCGCAACCCCUCGCCCACGCCUCUCGCCAACCGCGCCUUGCCCCGCAACCCGUCUCCAACCCCUGCCCCGUCCCGAGCCGGCGCUCGCAAUCCGUCCCCGGCUGCCAAAGCUAGCGCCAGGAGCUCGUCUCCCGCGCCGGCUAAGCCCUCGUCGGGCUACGGCUCUGCUGCGGCUGCCGGGGGCUCCGCCUCGCUCAAGCCCGGGCUUGCGAGAAGCACCACGAGCUCAGCCCCCGGUGCGGGAGCCACUGGCGGGCGCAGGGCCGUGUCGCCAUCGCUGGCGCGCAGGGAAAUGCGAUCGGCGCCGGGCGUGAACAGAACGAGCUCUGCGGAGGGCGCGAAGAAAUCCAUGCCCAGUGUUUUGUUCCCGUCGUCGAAGCCCUCGCAGCAGUUCCAGCCGUCGGUCAUGUCGACGUCGUGCUCGUCCGAUGGGUCGUCGUCCAAAGAGGAGUGCCCGCCCGAGAGUCCGAUCUCGACCAAGAGACUGUCGGCGCUCGAGGAUCUGCAGGCGCUGAGAAAACAUUUGUCCGCCAGCACCUCGAGCUCGUCCGAUGUCUCGUCCACCACGUCCACCAAGGAGGAGCUGCCGUCCGAGUGCAACAGCCCCGUGAUCUCGGGCAAGAAGCUCUCGGUUCUCGAUUUUAAUGCGCUCAGGAAAUACCGCGAGUCGUGCUCUUCCUCCGACGGGUCGUCCUCCAAGGACGAAGGCCUCCCCGAGCCCGAGAGCCCGACCAUCUCCGGCAAGAAACUCAGCGCUCUGGAUAUGCAAAUGCUCAAGAAGCAUCGCCUUCUCAACAGCUUCGGCAAGAGAGCUGGACCUCCCAAAGCCGGCCGCGUUGCCUGCGAGGGCAUGCUCCCGACCUCGCCCGUCCAUCCAACUGACACCAAGAAGAGAUGCCACUGGAUCACUCCUCAAAGUGAACCGAUCAUCAUUGCAUACCACGAUGAAGAGUGGGGCGUUCCCGUCCACAAUGACAAGAUGCUGUUCGAGCUGAUGGUGCUGGAAGGUGCGCAGUCGGAGCUGAGCCGACCCCAGAUCUUGGCUUUGCGGGAUUAUUUCAGAGAGGUGUUUGCAGGGUUCGAUCCGGAAAUUGUUGCCCGGUUCGAUGAGAAGAAAAUCGCGUCAUUGGCAGCAGAUGACACUAUCCGACAAACGGAGGCGAAAGUUCGAGGUGUCAUCGAGAACGCAAAGCAAGUCGUCAAGAUCGCCCAAGAGUUCGGCUCGUUCAAUAAGUACCUGUGGAUGUUCGUGGGCUUCAAACCUAUAGUUAACUUACCACGUCUAUUCACCCAAGUCCCUGUCAAGAGCUCCAAGUCAGAAGCUCUAAGCAGGGACCUAAUGCGAAGAGGAUUCCGUUAUGUGGGUCCGACUACUAUUUACUCCUUUAUGCAGGCUGCAGGUAUGGUGAACGAUCACCUGACAGGCUGCUAUAGACAUAGUCAGUGUAAUUCAAUUUCACAAACAGUGGCGGAGAGCAGCGAGAAGAGGGUUUACUAGAGGAAAUCCACUUGUCUUAGAUCGAGAGCAUUUAGAGGUUUAACAGCGCGUUUCUUCCUUAGAAGAUAGAGACCAGACCUGGGUCCUCUUUCCUCUCGUCGUUUUUGUGAGUGAGGCUUUCCUUGUCCAAACGAUAUUUUGUACUCUAGACAUGAAAGUUGUACUAUAGUUUCAAAAAAAGCAUUGUUACAGUCACUGAAAGAUGAUACCGGAAGGGAAAGUCACUUUGUAGUUAUAAAUUCUGUUAAUAAACUCUUGAAAUGGUGACU